CUUAGUUUGACAGAUGUGACAGUUGUGCAACAUGCGCCUGCUGCCAUGUCUCAUCCUAUCUGUCAUUACCGCUUUCACAACUCGCACGUGGUUGGCUCCUGCAUCUCCAGAGGCUCAACAUCAAGUGCGAUUAGGCCGACGAAGAGUGACGGCGUUGGUUUCUGCCGGAGCAGGGCUGUCGAGUUCUGCAGAGGCGAAGGACCUUUUGGUGGAAGAGCCACUAAUCUACUGCGGCGGUGGAUUUUGUGCAGCUUUUCGUUUGGGUGGACAGCUGUUCCGCGGCGUGGUGGAUACUGGCAGUCCCUUUCUUUUAGUAAGCACUUGCGAGGGUGACAGCUGUGCCUCCUAUUGCAGGGCCUGGGGCUGUACCUCCGGGAAAGCAGGAGAACCAUCAGGUUUGAAGGACACUGAUGAGUUGUUUGCUGCUGGCCUGGCACGCGUAAGCUGGAAGAGGGGUUCUUUGGCACUGGGCAAUCUCAACUUUGGGUCUGUCACCUACGGUGCCAUGCUGGAGGUGGAGUCGUACGGUGGCAACGGAGGUGGCGCUUUCUUGGGCCUGGUGCGGGACAAAUCCCCCAGGAUCCGACCCACACUUCUUGGCCAAACCUCUGUGAGGACUGUCACUGUUGACCUGCGGUCUCCUGGACAGGAGCGACUGCUUCUUUCAGGCGGUGCACCUGCUGCAGGUACAUCGCCAGCAGUGCGGCUGGUAGAUCUCAGGCGCAAUGGAGCCCCAAUUCGGUACUAUGCAAUGGAGGCCAACGAGAUGGAGCUUCGAUCGAGAAAGAAGAGGGGACUGAGGACAUUGAUAGAGGCAACAGCUUUGCGAGUGGCCGGACAGCCUGUUGACCUGCCAACGCCUUUGGUUGCAGUCUUGGACACUGGCACAACAGGCCUUGGCCUUCCUUCCGCGAUUUUCGAGAGCUACGACCAGCUUCGUAGAGAUACAGCUCAAGAGUUUGGCCUGCAAAAGGCACAGGCAGUCGAUUUGCUGCUUCGUGCGGAGGAUGGCUCCGAGUUUGCCCUCAGUAUGCGGCCGGGCCGGCAGAAGACCUAUGGUCAAGAUCGCUUUGAUAUUGUCACUGCACUGCCUGAACCAUCAGGCAUGAAUGCCGAUGCUUCUGCACUUUGGACUGGACAAGGUCUUUCAGAUGCUCAGCCAAUGCAGCUGCGCGAUGGCAACUUCAUUGCUCAGGCACCAACAUCUUCCGUUGGAUGGGCACAAGCUGACAGGCCGGUCAGUCAAGGUGACCGUUUCCUGGUGAGACUGCUUCCAUCUGGGCCAGGCCGUUUGCCAUGCAAUGGCUCGGUGGGUUUGGCACCUCGGGGUGCCCGCCUCACUCAGGACAUGGCUGCCUACGGCACUUCAGAAGGCAAGCUCCAGCCCGGUGAUCUGGUCGAAUGCCGCUUGGCAGAUGAUGGUUCCGGCGAGGUGUCCUGGCGAGUGAAUGGCAAAGAGGCCAUUUCAUCUCAACGGACCCUGAGCACAGCUCGCAUGGUUUACCCCACCGUGGAAUUAUCUGCUGGUUGUGAUGCAGAAUUGUUGUCUUCGCCUUUGGGAAGCUCAAUGGAUGAAGGUCAACAAGGUAUGGGAUGGGCAAAGGCUCCAGAAGGUGCAAAGGCAAAAAAGAAGCCCCCAACGGUGCUGUUCUUGGGGCUUGGUUUCUUGUUGGGCAGACAAGUUAGCAUCGACACAGUGGCGAAUCGCGCCAUAUUCGCUUGAAGCUUCGGAGAGAGAGAGAGAGAUGUUGAAGCCUUGUGCAUCCUCUCGAAGUGCGAAGCAUACCAAAAAUGAAGCUGGAACUGAUUCUGGGGAUGGCCACCUGGUCCCUUCAAGUAUUGUUCUUGGCAAUGUUGUGCACGUGUCUCCUGUUCGGAUUGCUGUGCCAGUUGGUGGGUUCAAAUUCAAUUUGCUGGUCCGACAAACUUGGGUGCCCGGUGCCCGAAGCAUUCUUGGC